AUUUGUAUUACUAUUUAUCGGCUCGAUUUACAAUCACAUUCUAUUUUUAUAAUUACUUUACAUAACACCAUUUGACAGCUCAACACUGUCAACGAGCUGUCAUUUGUAAUCGAAAUCGAGUUAUAAUACCAAAUAUGGUACUUCUUGGAUCUGUAAGAUCAUUUGCGCUUCAAAGCGCGAAGGCUAGAAUUCCUAUGAUAAAAUUCAGAAAGGGGGCUGCAGUUUCUGCUGAUCAUAAUACUAGUGGUUCAAAGAGUCAAAGUCAAGGCAAUUCAAUGAAUAUGUCAAGUGCUUAUUCGACAGAGGCUAUUGAAGAUUGGCAACUACCUCUAAAAUGGAGAAGACGAAACAUUGAUUUAGAUGAAGUGGAUUAUAUCAAUCGUGGAGGCCCUGCAUAA